AUGACCCUAGUCACAUACUUUGAGGAUUAUUAUAAAUACCAGUGGGGUUUCACUAACUUGGAGUCAAAAUGGAAUCAAAAAGGUUCUUAUGUUACCACUUCAAAAGUUUUAUCAGUGAAUUUUAUUCAAACAAUGCAGUUAUCGAAUAUAGUCGCUUUUUCCACUUGGGUUGCGGUUGGUUUCACUUUUGCAAUUAGGCGCCGUGAUACAACAUCUGGGGCUUCAACAUUUUCCAUCGAUUUGCCUCCAGGAACAACAACCAGUUCAGUAACACCAAUUUCAUUACCAUCUCCAAUAACCAGUGACACUGUUCCUCCUGUUUCGUUCCCUUCACCAAUUACAACUGACACUGUUCCGCCUGUUUCGUUGCCGUCACCAAUUUCGAGUGAUUCGAUACCACCCGUUUCGUUGCCGUCACCAAUUUCGAGUGAUUCGAUACCACCUGUUUCGUUCCCUUCACCAAUUACAACUGACACUGUUCCGCCUGUUUCGUUGCCGUCACCAAUUUCGAGUGAUUCGAUACCACCCGUUUCGUUGCCGUCACCAAUUUCGAGUGAUUCGAUACCACCCGUUUCGUUGCCGUCACCAAUUUCGAGUGAUUCGAUACCACCCGUUUCGUUGCCGUCACCAAUUUCGAGUGAUUCGAUACCACCUGUUUCGUUCCCUUCACCAAUUACAACUGACACUGUUCCGCCUGUUUCGUUGCCGUCACCAAUUUCGAGUGAUUCGAUACCACCCGUUUCGUUGCCGUCACCAAUUUCGAGUGAUUCGAUACCACCCGUUUCGUUGCCGUCACCAAUUUCGAGUGAUUCGAUACCACCCGUUUCGUUGCCGUCACCAAUUUCGAGUGAUUCGAUACCACCCAUUUCUUUGCCAUCACCAAUAUCUGUAUCACUGAAUUCAGCACCAAUCAUAUCACUUCCAACGGUUUCAUUUAGUGAUUCGGUUGCUCCACCUGGUACAGAACUUCCUGAUGAUGAUCAUCACUCAUGGCCCUCGCACUCAUGGCCUUCACAUUCUUGGCCUUCACAUUCCUGGCCUUCACAUUCCUGGCCUUCACAUUCCUGGCCUUCACAUUCCUGGCCUUCUCACUCACACCCAUCCCAUUCGCACUCUUCACCUCCCGAAGAGUCAACCACCACCGUUACAACCACUGAAAUAACAACUACUACUUGCCAUCACCACGAAUGCCACCCAACUACCAUCACUACUGGUGUCACAACAAUCACCAAGACUGACACUACGUAUACUACUUGGUGUCCAAUCCCCACUGAGACAAUUACAGUCCCAUCAACUACUAUCGAGACUACUUGUAUUACAAUCACUGAAUGUGACCAUCACGGAUGUACCACUAAACCUGUGACGACUGGUGUGACUACUAUUACAGAAACUGAAACCACUUAUACUACUUGGUGUCCAAUCCCCACUGAGACUGUCACUGUUCCAGAAACGACUAUUGUUACAAUAACAGAAUGUAAAUAUGAUAUUUGUACUACCAAGCCUGUUACUACUGGUGUCACUACAAUCACAGAGGUUGAAACAACUUAUGUCACAUGGUGUCCGUUGCCAACUGAGACUGUUACGAAACCUUCAACUACAAUUGUCACUAUAACAAAAUGUGAGAAUGAUGCCUGCACGACGGUUCCAGUAACCACUGGUGUAACUACGAUCACUGAAAUUGAAACAACUUAUACUACUUGGUGUCCAUUGCCUACUACAGAAACAGUUACAAUUCCGGAAACUACUGUUGUCACAGUGACAUGGUGUGAUUAUGGUGAAUGUACCACUGCUGAAGUCACCACUGGUGUAACCACAAUUACUGAUGAAUGGACCACAUACACCACUUGGUGUCCAAUAACUACAACAACAACUACAGAGCAUCCACCACCACCACCACCACCAUCUUCAGCUGGCCCAUCACAACCACCACCAGAAGAGACUACAGAAACAGAGAUUGAAACAACUACAAUCACCAUAACUUCUUGUUCUGACUACAAAUGUACACCCGUUGAAAUCACCACUGGUGUUACAACGGUCACUGAAUACGAUACUACAUACACUACGUAUUGUCCAUUGCCAGAGACGACAAUAACCCUCGACCCACCAGAUGACCCUACUGUUUCAAUUCCUGGCGAGACUGGUACGGGAGAAAUCCCACCAGAGGAAACAACAAUAACUCUUGAUCCACCAGAAAUCCCUAGUGUUUCAAUCCCAACUGAUCCCGGUGAGACUGGUACGGGGGAAAUCCCACCAGAGGAAACAACAAUAACUCUUGAUCCACCAGAAAUCCCUAGCGUUUCAAUCCCAACUGUCGAUCCAUCAUCUGAUACCACCACUUGGGAUACAUUUGAAACUCUUAGUGAUACAACUACUUGGGACACAUUUGAAACACCAUCAAGUGAAUCGGGAAUAUUCACAAUUUUGCCCAUUUCAGAAUCUGAUGGUGUCGCAGCUAGAGACGUAAACAAGAAGGAAGUUACAGUCCUAUCAAAUGGCGGCUCCUAUCAUGAGUUGUCACUAAUUGCUGCAAUUUUAGCUAUUGGUGCAUUAUUGAUUUAG